AUGAUCGAUAAGAAUUACUGGGUUAACGAAAUGGCGAAUAAACCAGUCGACUUCAAUCAAACUGUAGCAGAUAUAUCAUGGAGCAGCUCUGAUUCAGAAAACGAGUCCAAUCAAUUGCGCGAUUUGAAGAAAUUAAAAACCAAACACGACGAUUCAUCGGUUAGUGUUAGCUGGAUAAAGCCUGAUAUAGACCAGUCGAGUUGUGAAAGGAGUCCAGACAUGUCCCCGGUAAUAAAUAGUGUUAGUGUAGAAGAAGCUUCUCCCAUUUUAGCGAAGGGUUCGUUGAAUGAAACGUCUCCAAUAUUAGGCCAGAAAAGGACGUUUAAUAAGGCGAAACACUCCUUUAAAAGGAUUUGCAAAAUCGAGGAAAUUCAUCAGCAAUGUCAGUCACCUGAUAUGUUCAAAUCUCAAAGUUCGCAAAUUAUAGAAAGUUCAGAUAACAAGCUAUAA